GUAAUAACUGAAGCCGACCUCACAGCAGGAAGGCGAGAUCAGAUUGGCAAUGCAUCAGUGAGUGGCAUGAUUGAAGACAAGACAAAAAGUGGGCUACAGCAAAAGGUGUAAACUUCAUAAUUUCUCCCUGAAACUAGGUUACAGCUGAAAAGAUCAAAAUGAUUCCAAAUUACUCUGCUGAAGAAAACAUUAAAAGAAUCCAUGUCGACUGUCCCAUUUCAGGAAGGCACAGUUACAUCUACAUUAUGGUUCCAACUGUUUACAGCAUCAUCUUUAUCAUAGGCAUAUUUGGGAACAGCCUGGUCGUUAUUGUCAUUUACUGCUACAUGAAAUUAAAAACAGUAGCCAGCAUCUUUCUUUUAAACCUGGCACUGGCCGACUUGUGUUUUUUAAUAACUCUGCCACUCUGGGCAGCCUACACAGCCAUGGAGUACCAGUGGCCUUUUGGCAACUGUUUAUGUAAGUUAGCAUCAGCAGGGAUAAGUUUCAACCUGUAUGCCAGCGUGUUCCUCCUCACAUGCCUCAGUAUUGACCGGUACCUAGCCAUAGUACAUCCAGUGAAGUCCCGGAUUCGACGUACCAUGUUUGUUGCCAGAAUAACUUGCAUUGCCAUCUGGCUUCUUGCCGGUGUGGCCAGUUUGCCCGUCAUCAUUCACCGUAAUAUAUUCUUUGCGGAGAACUUGAACAUGACAGUCUGUGGUUUUCGGUAUGACAACAAUAACACAACGCUCCGGGUGGGGUUAGGUUUAUCCAAAAAUUUGCUGGGCUUUUUAAUUCCUUUUCUGAUCAUAUUAACAAGCUACACCUUAAUUUGGAAGACCCUGAAGAAGGCAUAUCAAAUUCAAAAACAUAAGACCAGAAAUGAUGAUAUUUUUAAGAUGAUUGUAGCAAUAGUAUUUUUCUUCUUCUUUUCCUGGAUUCCUCAUCAAGUGUUCACUUUUCUGGAUGUAUUAAUUCAAUUACAUGUAAUAACAGACUGCAAAAUCACUGAUAUUGUGGAUACAGCUAUGCCCUUCACCAUCUGCAUCGCUUACUUUAACAAUUGUUUGAAUCCUUUUUUUUAUGUUUUUUUCGGAAAAAACUUUAAAAAAUACUUUCUUCAGCUAAUAAAAUACAUUCCACCAAAUGUCAGUGCACAUCCAAGCCUAACAACAAAAAUGAGCUCACUCUCAUAUAGGCCACCAGAUAAUAUACGCUUGCACACUAGAAAGACUGCUGGGCCUUUCGACACAGAGUGAUGUGUUUUGUAACAUACUUUUUUUUUUUUUUUUUUGACAACCUUGUGAACGAAGCAGCAAGAACGACAAAAUUCAUCUGCAGCCCUGACCAUCACAGCUUACUGCUCAUUACAGAAACAUCAGAUCACCUCAGAGAAAUCACACUGUAAAGAUUUAGCAGUGGCCUUUUAUUUUACAUUGUGAAGAGGAUUGCUUGGUUUUCAUUUUGUUUAUAAUGGUGGACAGGCACGCCAGAGUUUCUGCCAGCAUCCUGCUGUUAACUCAGAACUACAAAAGAAUAGAAAAAACUCCUAACUUAAGUUCAGAUGUCUUUUUAAAGGAAAAGCUUGUAUAAAUUACAUGAGUUAUAAGUGACCCAUUAUGCACUUACAUGAGAUAUUCCAAAUUUUGUUCAAGGAGUUGAUGGAGCUACGCUGCUUGUUUUGUUGGGGUUUUUUUAAUGACAUAAAUGUAAUAUUUAUAAUAUAUUUUCAAAUGUAUGCCAUAUAGAGGGGCCCAAUUUUGAACUCAAAUGGACAUUUAAGGCCCUUGAAAUUGGUCUUAUUCUGAUUUAUGCUACUAUUUCUCAUUUUUAAAAUGACAAUUUUUUCAUAAUAAUAUAUUCCAUUAAAUGCAUAUUUAUUAAAUAUAGAAGAUAUUUUUAGAUUUAUAUUCCUACUCAUAGAUUUCAACCAUUGCUUCAUAAAUUUACAUUUAUAUCCCAGUGGGUAUUUUUAUAGUGGUUUAAAAAAAAAAAGUAUAUAUAUAUAUACACAGACACACAAAAAUGGUGUUCACUCAACCUUUCCUCAUAAUAUGCCAUGCUGACUUUGAAGAACAUUACUUAUGGAGGGGGUUGAUUCCAUACCCUGUGUGAAUUAAAGUCUGUUUUUGAAAACUGAAUUCUGGGACAGAGGUGAUCAGAAAAUUGCAAACUAUUUUUGUAUAAUAACCAGGGCACUCAAUGAGAGAAAUUACCAGCUAACCAAUACUACUCAAUUUUUCAAAUUCCUGGACAUUUAAUAAACUCACAUUAUGAUAAGCAAAACUGUGACAAUACUUUCAUUGCGGUUUAACUAAUAAUGCUUUUAGUCACAUCACAAAACAUCCGAGAGCAAACUUUACUCUUCGAAUUUAUGGAAUUUCUCUCUGUUUAUACAUAACUAAGCCUAGAGAAUUUGCUUCCUGUAGAAUCUUUUUUUUAUAUGUAUGGAAAAAAUUCAAAUUUAUACUAGCAUAAAUCAGAACAAAAGUCUGGUUCAAACUACCCAUACAAAUGAGGGGGGGAAGGUGAUAAGCACUGUAGGAAGUUUCAACUAAUGAUAUCCUCAUACAUCCUUUUUACCUCCAAUAAUGAACUCCAGAAAAUACUUACUCUUGAGUCACGCUCAUUUAUUGUCUUCAAAGAUAGAUGAGUUCAUAAAUGCUUUUUACCAUAACAAAACUUAAGAAUACAGACAACUUCAUGACCCUUGAGACGCUGCAAUAUUUAUAAUCUAGACAAUUGUAUAUCUAAUGUGUCUCUGUCUCAGGUUGAAUUAUCCAUAUUUUCUGAUUAUCAGUCUCUUGCAUAUGCACAAAUAUUUUAAAUUAUUUUUACUUUAGGGAAUUAUUUUAAAUCAAAACAACAAAAAUGUUAUUUCUAUAGUUUAAUAAUUUUAAAAGAAAAAAAAAAGACUACAGCAGUGUCUGGGAAUCUUUUGCCUCUUCCUGCUCUUUCAUUCACUUAUUUUAAGGCAAGUGUCUUCAGUUUUGCCUUUGUUCCAGCUGCAAAAUUGGAACAAUCUUUAUUUAUAUAUGUCACAAGGCACUGUGAGGAUUCAGUAAGACUUCUAAAGCUGUAUCUUACAAAAAACUUUAAACCUUUAAUGAAAGUGCAUUAAUUUAAUUGCAGGCUAGCAUCUCAGAAUUUGAAACCUGAAUGUGUCAUUUAAUGACACAGUUAAAUUAUUAUAUAGAAUGCUUUAUAUGUAGUUUACAUCUAUUCUUACAUGUGAGACAGCCAUUUGUUAAAAAUGAAUAUGGCAAUAAUCACAUGCAUUAUAAGUCGCAUACAGAACAGUACCACUGUCUCAGCACCCUGUAAGCUGACGAUGGACUGACAGAGCUUGCCAUUUAUCUGUAUGAUAUUGUUUGCGUACACAUGCUGAGCAGCAUCGGGAGUUUCCCAUGGCAGAAACAGUGCUCUCAGACAUAAUGCAGCGUGCUGUGCUUGCCAUCUGCUGGAUGCAGCCACAAAUUUGUUUCUCAUCUCAAAAUUUGUUACAGAAAGAGAUAGAAAUAUUUCCCCUGCCUCUUGAUGGCUCUGGAGAUCCUUACCCGUGGCAAAACUCCUGUGGAAAUGAAAUACAAACUCGGCCAUCUGGGAGGCACUUACACUUCCUUGACAGGGGCUAAGCUAGCAUUUCCUCAUCACCUGCUGAUCCCAUUGGUCACUGAAAUCCAGUGUCCCCAGCAACCACAGAAGUAGAUCAUUUGCAAAACAUUGAUUGCAUUACUACAAAAGCCAUCCCAAAGGGAAGAAAUAUAUGUAAGUAUAAAAAUAAAAAUCAAAGCGUAUUUGUGCAAGUGAUAACUGAGUAUUUAGCUGAAAGGACUCAUUUAUCACCGAGAAGAAACAGCAAAAACCAGUAGUGACCACAAACAAUAAAAAUGACUGUAUUACAGCAGAGAAUCCAUUGCUUAGUGGUUUUGAUCAUUUCAUGCCAGAUCCUGCAUUUUUAAGAGACUGUAUCCCAGGCUGCUGGUGCCACCGGUGCCUGUCUGCCUCAUGGGGAAAAAGCAUGAGCAUGCACAUUUGGCUGGGUUGCUGCAGGAAAGGUAGGAAGGGAUUGCAGCUGGUGUGCUUUGAAGGCAAGACUGACCCUGAGCUGACAGGCGAAGAAAGUGGAAGGCAAAGCUGCUGUUAAAUAAUGCUGGGACAUUUUUGUUCUCCUAAGGGGUAGGAAAGAGGUCAUCAGCUGCCAAAUAAAUUGGAUCCUAAUUUAGUGUUUCCUAAAAAAAGAAAAAGUUUUUUCCAGAGAUAAAACUCACCAACAGCUCUAUCUGGGCAGCAGCAGAGAGCAGAUGCUUUUGGAGCGAAGAGUUACUGUGUACAGCCACAUCCUGCAGUUUCAGGCAUCCCCACAGAGUCCCGACCUCACAGCUAAUGGAAGAGUCCCUGUUGCAUACCCACACCACUUCCAUCAUGCAUCUACCUGUGACCAGUACAGGUGCUGAGAAACACAUUGCUGCGCAUUAGAUGCCCCUGCCCACCUGCCUGCUGAAAAUACUGUACGAGAGACUUGUGCAUGGGGUAUGCAGAGCAGCAGUGUAAGAGAAUACAGGAUCUGGCCUUUGUGGACCCUUGGCUGUAAGGUCCCUAACUGAGGGGCAGGUAGGAGAUGGCCAGAGUAUCCUUUGGAGCAAGAACCUACUCCUUGCUCACAGAGAAAGGAAUAAGGUUUGGCUCUGUAUGACUUUGCCACCUUUGGGCAACUUCAGGUUGAGACCUCUCAAUAUCAAAAUAAGAACUAGCUAUGAACAAACUCCCAUUAUCUUGAAGAACAUAAAGUUAAUUAAGAUGCAAAAGUGUGCUGUUAUUUUUAAAAGUAUCCAAUUUCAUUCUCAAGGUGAGCAAAAUAAAAGUACUCGACGAAUCCUUAAUCUGUCCUUGUGCUUUCCUGGUGUGAGGAACUCAAGUUAGUAUUAAUGGGGACAGCAUAUAGCCCUAAAUACAGGCACCACAGUUCCUGUUCUGUCACAAUUAAAUUCUGUUGACUUGCUUGAAUGAAUACUUUCUUUCUGCUGGCAGAAUAAUUACUAAAUCACAUUAUGUUUGACAUGGACAUGCAUAAUAUUUAUUUAUAUUUAUUGUGUGAUAGUACUUUAUAUGAUUCAUGUUCAUCUCUCUGCUUGCUUGCCCAUUAUAUGCCUGUCCUAAAGGGUACUAUAUAAUCUGCACUGGUUCACCCAAAUUCCAACAAAACCAUUACAGUUACAAUGGGGCUUAAUUUGGCUUCUCAGUUUUACAAACUUCCUCACGUUUACAUGGUUAAGAGACUGCAGAGUAAGCCUGAGGCCAAAAGUCCUUGAACCGAAUUACUAUUUAGGUGAUGGUUUUCAUCAUCUACUUGCAACUGUGACAGCAGCAAAGAAUCCAGUAGGAUUCCCAGGUUUGGUUUAGUUUUGCUUGCAUAGCUUCAGCAAUGAUUUACCUUUUACUGACCUCCUUUUUCAGUAGAGUGCAAGUAUUCCCAGGGAGAAUUUUGACAUGGAAAGGAGAAACAAAUACUUUGGAGGGUGUGGAAGAAGGCUUAAAGCAGGGACUUACUGAUUUUGGAAAUAUUUAGUGUUAAAUGUAAAUACUUAAUUUUAGUUUUGCAACAGAUUUAAGGGAAAAAAAAAGAAAAAAGAA